UUCCCCGAAACCUACGAUUGCGAAUAGACAGCAAACAAUGUUGCGCUUUUAUCUUGUCGCGUGUUCCCUGGUCCUAGCCCUUGGCCUUGGUAGAGCGUCUGCGAUGGCAGCUGAUCCAAACGGACGCAUUGUGGGAGGAGUGGCGGCAGCCGCAAACAGUGCUCCCUACGCUGUGUCCAUGCAGUACCAGGGCACCCACUACUGUGCGGCCAGCAUCCUGAAUGCCAACUGGCUGGUGACGGCAGCCCAUUGCCUGACAAGCAGCGCCCAAGUUUUGGGCAGCACUUUGGUCGCAGGAAGCAUUGCAGUGGCGGGAACGGCUAGCACAACUCAAACGAGAAGCAUUACCUACUUCGUGGUCAACGAUUUGUACACCGGAGGCACUGUGCCCUACGACAUUGGCAUGGUUUACACACCGACUGCGUUUACGUGGUCGGCUGCAGUGGCUCCAGUUACCCUCCCAACCUCUGGCACGGUGCCAACAGGCACGGCCACUCUGUACGGCUGGGGCAGCACCAGUACAACCAAUACGGCCUCAUAUCCCACAACACUUCAAGUGGCCAACAAUCUGCCAAUAAUCAGUUUGAGCUCGUGCGAAUCUGCUUUGGGCACCAAGGGAAGCGAUGUUCAUUCGACGAAUCUGUGCACUGGUCCCCUAACUGGCGGCGUCAGCAUUUGCACCUCAGACUCUGGUGGUCCUUUGGUUCAAGGCAAUGUCCUUAUUGGCAUCGUUUCCUGGGGCGCGCUGCCUUGCGGCCAGGCCAAUUCUCCUUCCGUCUAUGUGCAAGUCUCUUCGUUCAUAUCGUGGAUAUCGUCCAAUCAAGUGCUCGCUUAGAUAAAAAUACGUCAAGAGUUUGCAUAUCAAUAAAAUCCAAGCAAUAAA